UAUCCGACUACUAGAUUUAGACGCUGAAUUUGUUUACACAACUUCAACACUCCGUGUCGGCACGGACACUAUGACUUAGCAUUUAUAUUCAGAAUAGAACUAGACCUCUAUGCUAAUGUUGUGAAUGUUGUCAAUCUAAUCUGCCAUGGACACGAACUCAUGAUAUAAUUUUAGCCGAGUCAUGUUGACAUCAUUAGUGAACCACAACAAGUAGGUUCCCGCUCGCCGCGGAUCACCACUCGCAACACUCGAGAUCGGCCAGAGCUCAGGGCCAAGCAGUCGCUGUUCUGCCACGGCUCCAACCUGUACAUGCAUAGCUCUUCUGCCACGGCUCCAAGGCCAAACCCACUGCAGCAGCACUGGCAACUGGUCAUUUCCUGAGCUUGAUCUUGAGAAGUCUACCAGUUUGAGUAUUUAUGGGUGGAGUUAGCUGUUACACAACUCUGCAAGAUGUCUACUGAAGAGAAUACGUCGACGUCUGUAUCUUACACAAGACUAGUGGCAGAUGACGAUGUCGAAGAUUUUGAUGAUGCAGCGAAAGUUGAUGAAACAAGUUUACUUGUAGACCAUAGCACGGGAAACGAAGACUCCAACAAAAAUGAAAAGGAUUCAACAAACGGUGUUGGGGCAAGUUACAGUGAAGCUGUUGAAGCAUCAGGUUUUGGAAAGUUCCAUGCCUUGCUACUGAUAGUUUGUGGAUGGGCUAACAUGAGUGAUGCAGUAGAGAUCCUUAGUGUAUCCUUCCUCCUACCUGACGCCUCUGUAGACAUGAAUAUCAGCAGUGUUGAGAAAGGACUUCUCACGUCUAUCAUCUUUGUAGGUAUGUUAGUAGGAGGCUACCUGUGGGGCUCCUUAGCAGAUGUCCGGGGACGACGUCAGAUCCUCAUCUACUCCUUGUCCUGCAAUGCUUUCUUUGGUGCUGCUUCAAGCGUCUGUCAAAACUUCUGGCUCUUCCUCUUCAUGAGAUUCCUUAGUGGUGUAGGAGUUGGUGGAUCAAUCCCAGUCAUCUUCUCCUACUUUGGUGAAUUCCAACCGAACAACCAUCGAGGAAAGAUGAUCAGCGCCCUCUCUACCUUCUGGAUGGCUGGCAAUAUAUUGACUGCUGGCCUCGCUUGGGCUAUCAUACCCAGGGAGCACUUGGGUUACCACAACCCAGAUGGGUUUAGCUAUGAGAGCUGGAGAAUCUUUGUGGCUGUUUGUUGCAUACCUGCUGCAUCAUCGGUCCUAACAUUCCUCCUGAUGCCUGAGAGCCCAAAGUUUUUGCUUGAGCAAGGAAAUGAGGAGAAGUCACUUGACAUUAUGAAGAAGAUCUACUCUUGGAAUCAUAAGGGUGUCAAAGCCAGUGAUUAUCCGAUUGAUUAUCUUGUACCAUCAAGCAAGGACAAGCAACACACAGCGGAUGGUAGGAAGAUGACCCUGCGGGUACAGUUUGGUGCCCUUUUCAUGGCCACCAAGCAACUUUUUAAGCGCCCUUUGACAGGAAUCACAAUAGCCAUGCUUGUCAUAAUAUUCAAUCUUUCAUUUGGAUAUUACGGUUUGUUCAUGUGGUUCCCUGAGCUCUUCAAGAGAGUAGAGAAUGGUGGUUCAGCAUGCAGUUAUUUCAACGAAUCAGCUGUAACCAAUUCAACUGUACCAAGUGAUCGAAUCUAUGUGGAUGGUUUCUUCACAUCCCUCUCCAAUCUACCUGGAAAUCUCUUGACCAUCUUUCUCAUGGAUAAAUUGAGUAGAAAGUUUCUAAUAACUUCCAGUAUGAUUGUCUCUGGCAUCAGCGUGUUCUUCAUAUGGUUCCUAAAGACAAGAAUCCAGGUACUCAUCAUGUCUUGCGUGUUUGGCGCCAUCUCUGUCAUAACAUGGAACACUCUCAACGUGGUCGGUGUUGAGCUCUAUCCCACCAGCUGCAGGAGUACAGCAUUGGGAGUCCAAUCAGUGUUUAACAGAAUGGGAGCCAUAUUAGGAAAUCUCAUGUUUGGUAUUCUCAUAGAUCUGAACUGUUCUGUGCCUAUGAUAUUGAUAGCAGUCUUGUUGGCGGUAGGUGGUUUUACGGCAUUGACUUUACCAAAUACCAGCAAAAAAGAACUCAAGUAGAGACCUCACUGGGGCCAUCUUAUAUUUGGUGUUCUCAUAGACUGAGCCAUACUUAAGAUUCUAAAUGCUCUCUUGUUAUACAUGUAGCUGUAGUUGGGUAACAUAAUUGACUCUUCCAAAGAAAUCGCACAGGAAAUGACAACAAUUUUGUUCUGUAAUAUGCAAAUUUUAGUAAUUAACAAGGCAGUAAUUUUGAGUACUGGAAUACAUGUGCUUCAAAACUCCAAAUGCUCAUUUUUGGGGUAUUACUCUGAGUGAAAAGAUAAGACAUUUCCUCAAUGGGAAAACUCUGAAUUUUAGAAUUGUCCAAAGAAUACUUAGUACUAAUGAAUGAUCAAUUUUGUGGUGUGCGACCUGGCAGACUGGCUCUUACUUUUUCUAGGGAUUGGAAAGUACUUGAAAUGAUGAUGAUGAUGAUAAGUAUAGUAGCUCAGGAAAUAUGUAUUUAGAGGAAAAAUACAUAUGACUAUAUUAGUUAUAUUAUCAACUUUUUAUAUUUUGUUACUAUUGCUGCUCUGCUUUCUCAUGCAAUUGUUUAUGUUGUAAAUAUUUAUUACUUGGAAAUAUGUGAAAUGAAGACCAUGAGUGACUAUCACUACCUACAGAGACAAAGGCCCAUAUUCUUGAGAGCGGCCCAAGUUAAAACGAGUUAUUUAAUCCACUGAGUUAUUAAAAGUCAAGUGUUGACCCUUAAGUUUUAUACAAAUUACUUUGAUUAUGUAACGGCAUAAAUAAACAAUGACGUAGCAUUUUUCUGAUGAAGCCUUAUUAGCAAAAAUUUGAAGUUACAGAGGUUUAACAGAAUCAUUUAUUUAUUUUCAACUUGCUUUGAAGCAGACUACUAAUUCACUAAUUAAACAAUGAUUCAUUUAAGAAAUGAUAAGGAGAAAGUAAUGUCCUAAUUGUUUUUUGUGUUUAAGGUGAAACAGACUACUAAUUAUCUAAUUAAACAAUGAUUCAUUUAAGAAAUAAUAAGGAGAGAUUAAUGUCAUCAUAAGUGUGUAUAUGUUUUGUGUUUAAGGUAAAAGCAGACUACUAAUUCUCUAAGCAAACAAUGAUUCAUUUAAGAAAUAAUGAGAAAGUAAUGUCAUCUUAAAGAUAAACUGGUAAAAAAAA